UGAGAGAAACGUCACUCUCGUUCCAGGUGGCUUCUGUUCCGCACUUUUGACGUGAAAUUGCCAGUUUGUAAACAAUCGGCACGGAAAAUCACAAAAGUUUUUCACGAUUUUCGCACGGUUCGCGAUGUCGGAACCGAAGAAAAAGAGCAAGAAAUCGAAGGAAGAAAUUGCCAAGGAGUUCGAUCUGCCGGAGCGGAAGAGCAAGAUCGCAACAAUCUUGAAACAGGAUGGCCAGGCUUACUGCAUCUGCAGGUCAUCAGACUCGUCCCGGUUUAUGAUUGGAUGCGAUGCCUGCGAGGAAUGGUAUCACGGAGAUUGCAUCAAUGUGACCGAGAAGGAAGCCAAGCACAUCAAGCAAUAUUACUGUCAGCGCUGCAAGGAGGAAGAUCCUUCGCUGCAGACGGUAUUCCGUUUGGUACCAGUGCAAGCGCCCGCACCCAAUGCCGACGAGAAAAAGAAGAAAACUAAAGAGAAGAGUGCCGGCAAAUCGGACAAACGAUGCGGCCAGUGCGAAGGUUGCAAAACACCCAACUGCGGGCAUUGUGAUGCUUGUCUUGGGUACCAGGACGGAGGCAGGAAGCAGCGAUGUGAAAUGCGAGUCUGCACCAAUACGGUCAGCAGGAAGAAGGAUCGGGAACUGAAAUCCGCCUCCAGGAACAAGAAACGGAAGCGAUCGCUAACACCGGAAGUGCUGGUAAAUCCUGCCCUAGAAGGCGAUCGGCAAUGCUAUGGACCCGGCUGUAUCAUGACGGCUCGACCACAGUCCAAGUACUGCUCGGACACCUGCGGAAUGAAACUGGCAACCACCAGAAUCUAUCAGGUGCUUCCGCAGAGAAUCCAGGAAUGGUCACUCAGUCCAGCAAUAUGCGAGGAGCAGAAUAAGAAAGCCCUUGAAGCAAUCCGGACUAAGCAGACCAUCGUAAGAGCAACCCUCGCCGAACUGGACAAACGUCACGCCGAAUUGGAUCUGCUGGUGGACCGCGCCAAGAGGUGCACUCUCGAUCCGAACGCUCUCGACAGUAACGACGUGGAGGACGAAAUGUCCAUGUACUGCAUAACAUGUGGGCACGAAAUCCAUUCCAAAACGGCCAUCCGCCACAUGGAGAAGUGCUUCAACAAGUACGAGAGCCAAGCCAGCUUUGGUAGUAUUUUCAAAACCCGAAUCGAGGGUAAUUCGAUGUUUUGCGAUUUCUAUAACCCCGCCAGUAAGACGUACUGCAAACGAUUGAGAGUGCUCUGCCCGGAACAUUGUAAGGAUCCGAAGAUUAACGACACGGAUGUGUGCGGAUGUCCCCUGGUUAAGAAUGUGUUCCAAUUGACUGGGGAGUUUUGCCGAGCCCCAAAGAAAUCGUGCUUCAAGCACUACGUCUGGGAGAAGAUUCGACGGGCGGAAAUCGAUCUGGAGCGUGUGCGACAGUGGCUGAAAAUGGACGAGCUGGUCGAGCAGGAACGCCAGGUUCGCCAAGCGAUGGCAUCACGCGCCGGAGUUUUGGGCUUGAUGCUACACUCAACCUACAACCACGAGAUCAUGGAGAAACUCUGCAGCGGAAAGCUUCAAUGAUUGAAUACUAUUGUAUUUUUUUGCGUAGGUUUAGUUUAUCUCAUCUGAAAACUAUCAUAUAUUUCCACAUUUUUUCUCAUA